AUGGUUGGAAAAAUUCGAAAAAAUAAACGUGAAAUUCCUCCAUUUAUGACAGUAGCAAAAGAUCGUCCCGUGGAAUCCAGCAUUUUUGCAUUUAGGAAGAAUAUGACACUGGUUUCAUAUAAACCUAAGAAAGACAAGGUUGUUCUGGCAAUGCCUACUUUACAUGAUGAUGACAGUCUUGAUAGUGAUUCGGAAAAGUGCAAGCCAGAAAUAAUAACAUUUUACAGUGAGACUAAAUCUGGUGUGGAUAAAGUUGAUGAGAUGAAAUGUACAUACUCUGUGACAAGAAUUACCAGAAGAUGGCCAUUUAUAAUUUUUUCCUCUCUUCUAAAUAUUGCUGGAAUGAAUGGAUACAUAAUUUACGAGAGCAAUUCGAAUUCAACAAUUCUCAAAAAAGACUAUCUAAAAGUUCUUGCCAAAGAACUGUUCCAUGAUCAUAUGACAAUGAAGGUCAAUCAUCUAAGUACAUUGGUGAACAUCAAGAAUCGUAUCAAGGAAAUUUUGGGAUUACCAACAGCUGAAGUUCUUCCUAGACCUCCACAAACAACAGCUUGA